UGCACCUACCGGUUCGAAAGACAUGGCAGGUGUUGCGGUUGCCUCUUAUUGUUGACUAUCUUUGAUAAAUAAACGGUUACUUGGGAGCCCCUCGAAGGACAAUGAUAACGGGUACAUUACAUAAUAAUUCGUGAAAAUUUCUUUUGAAUAACCUCACUUCGAAGCCCACUGUAAAAAUGUCGAGUACGCAAGAAGCAGAGUAUGGUUUCAUUGAAGGUUCAAAGCCUCAAGGAAAGGGGAAAUGCAUGCGUGAAAGGACAGAAAUACGAAGAGGCUAUGUUUCAUUACACGCAUGCGAUCAAAAUUGAUCCACAAAAUUAUUCUUUGUAUAGUAAUCGAUCGUUUACCUUUCUAAAAUUGCAACAAUACCAUUUGGCAAUGGAAGACGCUUUAAUGACAAUUCAAUUGAAACCUGACUGGACCAAGGGUUAUUUUAGGAAAGGUGAAAUAGAAUCCCAAACAUUUCGCUUUAGCGAAGCACUUCAAUCUUACAACAAAGCAUUAUCUCUUCAACCAAACGAACCAACUAUUUUAGAAGCAAUGAACAGAGUAUCCAGAAUGUUGAUUAAAGAUAAACGAGCUGAUCAACAAAUACCUUGGCUUGGAGCUGGUGUUGGUAUUAUACUUGGAGUAAUAGUUGUAAUUGCUGAUUACGUCUUUACAAAUAAACCUACAUUAACGCAUCCCCUUUUGAUGGCCUUGUUAACAAUGUCUAUAGCAAUGCUAGGUUUUGGUAUUGCAAAAGGAUUUCGCUAUUUUGUAAAGUGUCAAAGAAAAUCACUUUUGGAUCCACCUGUAGAUCUGUUUGGUGAAACUAAAGAAGAACUUGAUGAUGUUGAUGCUGAAAUGAGUAGUGAAAAGGAGAAACAUCCAAAGUACAGUAAAGCGCAAGCGCGACAAAGAUUCAAGAAAGGAAAAUCAUAGUGUGUUUUGAUACUAAUUAUAUAUAUAUGCAUUUCUAUGUAAAUUUAAAAUUUAAAAUUCAUACACUUUUUAACAUCUCAGGAAAACUGAAUGUCUACGACCAGUUAUUACAUUGGCAGAAGAAUAUAUACACACUGUUUACACUUUAUACCUAAGUUAUUGUUAAAUAAUAUUAAAAUAUUGAGAAUGCGUGACAGACUUUCCGCGCUUCUUUAUAUUUUAUGUUGAAAAAUUCAUAUGGCAAACCAAACAUGCUAGUUAAUAAUUAAGUCAAUCUAUUCCAAAUACAACUAUAUUUCAAACUGUUUGAGAUAUAUCAUAGGAGAUAAGGCUGCAAUGAAAAUAUAAUUGUCAGUUAUUUAGUACAAAUAUUUCUAAAAUCCAAAUUGGAAGAAAAAAAAAAUCUGCUUAUUAUAUGAAUUGCAACCAUAUUUAAUGAUAU